AUGUAUCGACAGGAUUUUGCUUUCCCGAGAGGGGUUUUUAUUGACCAAAGAUACGGACAGUCAGGACAACGUAGCGUGGCCGAAUCCUGCAAGAUAGUUGUUCUCCCAACUCUGCUUUCCUUCACGAUUAUAUUUUUGUUCGUUGGUUUUAUCUUGACCAUGGUUGGAAAUUUUGCGAAACCUUCCUGGGGCCCUGAAGAUGACUGGUGUGGCUUCUGUAAAGAAGACAGGCUUAAGACGGAGCGAAAUCUUAAGAAAUGUCGACUCGUUGGGCCAAUUUUCUUGGGGAUCGGCGGUUUAUCUUUAAUUGUUACCAUAGCGUACAUUUGCAUCCGGAGAAAGAACAAUACUGGACAAGGUAUAACCAGACCGAACACUGGUCAAGCAGCGGGUUCAACAACUCAAGGACGAUCGGGCAAUGUGACGACCACCACUCAAUAUCCUAGCCCCUAUGGCUUUCAACAGCCCGCCUAUGGACAAACGCCCGAGUAUCCCUCGGGAUUAGGACCUUAUACCUCAACACCCGCUGGAUAUGCAUCUUAUCCUCCAUCGACUCAGUACCCCUAUAAUUCUUCACAGAGUGGUCCACAGGCACUAUCUCCAACAGAGAUAAAUCCACCCCCAUCGUAUGAAAGUAUUGUUGGCCAAAAUAACUCUGCUCCAAGUGCUCCCCCAGAGACGCAAGUUUAUUAA